UCUCCGAUCAACUGGACAGCCGAGCACCCAGCAAAAUGAAAUUCUUGUUGUUCUGCGCUUUCGUAGCCGUCGUGGCCGCCGAUGUCAGUCAUCUGCCCUCCAGCCAGUACCUGCCUCCUCGUCAUGGAGCCGCCUCCGCCCCAGUGGCCUCCUACUCCGCCCCGGCUGCCAGCUACAGCGUAGAGGCCUCGGCCCCGGUCGCCUCCUACUCCGCCCCCGUUGAGACCAGCUACUCGGCCGCCGCUUCCGCACCGGCUGUGUCCUAUGCCGCUCCAGCCGUGUCGUACGCCGCCCCUGCUGCCACCUACACCGCUGCCGCUUCCGUCCCGGCUGUGUCCUACGCCGCUCCUGCCCAGAGCUACUCUGCUCCUGCUGCCACCUACACCGCUGCUGCUUCUGCCCCAGCUGUGUCCUACGCCGCUCCUGCCCAGAGCUACUCCGCUCCUGCUGCUACUUACACCGCUGCUGCCUCGGCUCCAGCUGUGUCCUACGCCGCUCCCGCUGCCUCUUACUCUGCCCCAGCUGUCUCCUACUCUGCCCCAGCUGCCACCUACUCCGCUGCCGCUUCCGCCCCAGCUGUGUCCUACGCUGCUCCUGCCCAGAGCUUCUCCGCCCAGAGCUACUCUGCCCCAGCUGCCACCUACACCGCUGCCGCUUCUGCCCCAGCUGUGUCCUACGCCGCUCCCGCUGCCUCUUACUCCGGAGAGAGCUACGAGACCGCCGCCUCUGAGCCCGCCCACACCUUCUCGGCCAACGAUGGAUACCGUUACAAGACCCAGAAGCGCGUCGUCCUCCGCCGUCAUCGCCGUGGUGCACCCGCCAACGACUACCUGCCCCCCUUCCAGGGAGCCGCCUCCGCCCCGACCAGUGAGUACCUGCCCCCAGCAGCCUCUGCCCCGGCUCCAGUCUACUCGGCCCCCGCUCAGAGCUACUCCGCUCCCGCUGCCACCUACACCGCUGCUGCCUCGGCCCCAGCUGUGUCCUACUCCGCCCCAGCUGCCUCUUACUCCGCACCUGCUGCUUCCUACUCGGCCCCAGCUGCCUCCUUCGCCGGUGAGAGCUACGAGACCGCUGCCUCUGAGCCCGCCCACUCCUUCUCCUCCAACGAUGGAUACCGCUACAAGACCCACAAGCGCGUGGUCCUCCGCCGUCAUCGUCGUGAUGUGAGCCACCUGCCCUCCAACGACUACCUGCCCCCAGCAGCCUCUGCCCCCGCUCCAGUGUACUCCGCCCCCGUGCAGAGCUACUCCGCCCCAGCUGCCACCUACUCCGCUGCUGCCUCCGCUCCAGCUGUGUCUUACGCCGCUCCCGCCCAGAGCUACUCGGCUCCAGCUGCCACCUACACCGCUGCCGCUUCCGCCCCAGCUGUGUCCUACUCGGCUCCCGCCCAGAGCUACUCCGCUCCUGCCCAGAGCUACUCCGCCCCCGAGUUCUACUCCGGUGCCGCUUCCGCCCCAGCUGCUUCCUACUCCGCACCAGCUGCCUCUUACUCCGGUGAGAGCUACGAGACCGCCGCCUCUGCGCCCGCCCACUCCUACUCCUCCAACGAUGGAUACCGCUACAAGACCCAGAAGCGCGUAGUCCUCCGCCGUCACCGUUACUAG